CCAUCUCUGUCUGUGGGUGUGGGUGUGUGUGGGUGUGGCCAUGAGUCUCUUCGGUCUUGGCAGGAACCAAAGGACAUUUCGACCCAAAAAAAGUGCUCCAUCAGGAAGUAAGGGGGCACAGCUAAGACAGCACAUUGAUGCCACCUUAGGUAGUGGAAACCUGAGAGAAGCAGUAAGACUUCCCCCGGGAGAGGAUGCAAAUGAAUGGCUUGCUGUCAACACCGUGGAUUUCUUCAACCAGGUGAACCUGCUUUAUGGCACCCUCACAGAGUUCUGUACGCCAGAGAACUGCCGUACAAUGACUGCAGGUCCUAAGUAUGAAUAUAGAUGGGCAGAUGGUGUACAAAUCAAAAAACCCAUAGAGGUUUCGGCUCCAAAAUAUGUUGAAUACUUGAUGGACUGGAUUGAAUCCCAGUUGGAUGAUGAAUCCUUAUUCCCUCAAAGGCUUGGUGCACCAUUUCCUCCGAAUUUCAGGGACAUUGUGAAAACGAUAUUCAAACGCCUGUUCCGUGUAUAUGCUCAUAUUUAUUACCAUCACUUUCAGAAGAUUGUGAGUCUUAAGGAGGAGGCCCAUCUAAAUACUUGCUUCAAGCAUUUUAUCUUGUUCACUUGUGAAUUUGGGCUGAUUGACAAGAAGGAGCUAGCUCCACUUCAAGAGCUUGUAGAGUCCAUUGUUGUCCCUUACUGAAUAGGGCUGCAUUUACCUAUACAAACCGACUUUAAUUUCCAGGCACAAUUGAUUGAUAUUGUAAUAAUUUUGAAUGAUGUAUAGGUAUACAUACAGGUAUUAUAAUGUUUGAUAUUUUAUAAACUGUAUGCUUUUCAUUUCUUAAAUCAGUUUAGAUGAUGAUUUUUCUUAUCAUACAUCAAGAAGAUGCGUGACUAAGU